UUUUCUUUUCCCACUUCUUCUUUACUCAUUUUUUUUGGAAAAGACAUUUUUCUUUUUGCUGCAGCGAAUAAUAAAGCUCUUUUUCUCUCUUCACCUCGGUGCUAGUUUUUACAUGUACUCGCACUCCUUUGAGAAAAAUUCAUCAGACUACAUUGCCGAUCAGGUUUGGAGGGCACUAGGAUACUGAAUCUCUUCUAAUCACUCUAAAAACAACAGCUAUAAACCCUUCUUGCCUCUUUAUUUCUAUUACACACUCUCUCUCUUUAUCUUACAAUGUCUCUCUCUACCAUCGCUAAGAAGCUCCUUACCGCUCACCUGCAGCUGCGCACCGGCGAGACCUUCACCGGCGGCUCCUUUGGCGCCUCAGUAUCGACCGUCGGCGAAACGGUCUUCACCACAUCCCUCGUUGGCUACCCCGAGUCCAUGACCGACCCCUCGUACCUCGGCCAGCUGCUGGUGUUCACCCAGCCGCUGAUCGGCAACUACGGCGUCCCCAAGCGCACUCGCGACGAGUUUGGGCUCCUGAACCACUUUGAGAGCGAAAAGAUCCAGUGCCGCGGCAUCAUUGUCAGCGACUACGCCGCCAAGUACUCCCACUGGAACGCCAUCGAGAGCCUCUCCGAAUGGUGCGCGCGCGAGGGCCCCGCCCAGACCAUCGACUGGGCUGACCCCAACGUCGACAACCUCGUUGCCCAGGCAUCCACCGACUCCGUGCGCGUGUUCAACCCCACUGGCGACGUCCACAUUGCGCUGAUCGACUGCGGUGUCAAGUACAACAUCAUCCGGUCGUUGUGCCAACAGGGUGCGCGCGUCUCGCUUGUUCCCUGGAACCACCCUACCAUCGACCAGAUCCGCCACGCGUACUCUGUCUACCAGCGCCCCAUUUUCGGCAUCUGCAUGGGUAACCAGCUGAUGGGUUUGGCCGCCGGCAUGGACGUAUACAAGCUGCGUUUCGGUAACCGUGGCCAUAACCAGCCCGCUGUCGACCUCACCAAUGGCAAAUGCGUGAUUACCUCGCAGAACCACGGAUAUGCCCUGGAUGACUCCCGUAUGCCCCAGGGUUGGGACAGAUACUAUGUCAAUGCCAAUGAUGGCUCGAAUGAGGGUAUUAGACAUGUGGAUAUGCCUUUUAGGCCCCUGGAUACCGCUUAUUUGUUUAAGGAGUUUGUUGAUCAGGUUAGGGAAGCAAAGGCUGCGGGCGUCCAGGCGGUUGUUGAUGACUCGGUUGUCACACAGAAACAGCAUCAGGCCGCCCCUGUUCAGGCGUCUGCUUAAAUAAAAAAUAAUAAUAGUAAUGAUAAUAAUAAUAAAUAGUGCAAAUCAACAUAUUUUCUUAUUGCCAUUCUUAUUUUUUCAUUUGGUUUUUCAAAAAUAAAAUUUUUUUAUCAAUUCAA